AAUAUCAGUUACUUUUGACCUUUUUAGUUAUGUGCUUUUUAAAAUUGUAUUCAUGAGUUGAAGACUUCAUCAAAGCAGAGUGAUGCAGAUAUUUGCUUCCAAGUCUACUUGUGACUACACUUCAGUUUACAUUUUAAAACCAGUGGACUAGUGGUUCCCCCCCUGUGGGCCCGCCCAGUUCAUCCCAUGGUGUUAAAUAAACACUCAACAAGUCAGCAUAGUCCGUGCACAUCCUUCUGCACACGUUCAGGAGGAUUCUCACGUUCCUAUCCUCCUUGAGGUUUGUUGCCUCUCACUGUCUUUUGGAGCAGUUGAUGAACACAUCAAGAGUUACUCGUGGCUCUUCUUCCAUUGUUGUUGUUUUGCAUGUGUCGACCCCUUUAUGGACACAUGCAGUAUACUUGUAACAUGAACCAGUAAAGGAAGCAGCGGCCUCUUUUACCUUCGCUGUUUACUGUUUGCGGCUUCUAAACAAACACUACGGGGCCCUCAGUGUGACCUUGGGACACGCCGACAGUCGCUAAUAAGACUGCAUACUUCCGCCAUGCAGUUCGGGUCAAAGUUUUCUAUUCGUCCGUUACUCCUUCCUCAUUUCUUCGGACGUUUUAUAUGAAGUUGUUAUUCUUUCUUGCAUAAGACGUUGCACAACUUUCCACUGAGACCUCCUCCAUACUUGGACGGGCUCCCUUCUGGAUUUCAUUAGUCCUGGUAUGUGUUUCAUCCCCUCUCGUCCCAAGUGCAGCCUCCCUGCAGAUGUUAGUGCUGUUACCUUUGCGAAUGCCAGACACCGCCCAGUAAAGGGUUUGUGUGUCCACACGAGGAGGAGGGCCUGCAGCAGAAGGUCAACGAGGACAGACAUAAGUGCAUGCUGCUUAUUAAUAAUCCUACACAAUGACUUUGAGGUUCCUGCAAUAAUGUUGUUUCUCAUUGACUUCCCUCCAUGAUACAUUAGUACGGUCUUCAUUUGGAGCUUUUACCUUCUGCUGAAUCUAUUUUUGGCAACACCUUAACUAUACAGUGACCAGUGGCAAGCGUAUUCAUAAUUUAUUGCACACCCUGAGGUGCGGAAGAAUCGUUGACUUGCACAUGAGUUAUUGCUUUAUGACCGGCGUCUUUUGUACAGAACGCACUGUUAUCUUGGAGAGGAACUGAGAAUCAUCAGAACGUGAAGCCGAUCCAGCUCCUCGAAGAAUAAAGGAAACGAGGGAAGUAGAGUAAUUGGAAGGACGAGGGAGAAGGAAGGAAGUCAAACGGAAUGUUUUCAGCAUUGCAGGCUAGCAAACACUCGGAUACCUCAUCCUUUAAAAAUGUGUUAUGUCAAUAAAAACACGAUUUUAAGAUCAUUCUGUUUUUUGUUUUUUUACAUGUCUGGUUCUAUUUGUCUUCCGUAUGACAAUCUCACUGUAUCAUAGGGGUGAUGGCCUAUUGGUGUCUUGUGCUGAUUGAGGGACAAUGUGCUUGUUAUUAAGUUGUGCAUGUGACAGCUACAUUCAUAUGUUGACCCCUGUGUAUGGAAAUUGAUCUUAGAAUUAAAAGGCAUGCAAAUCAAUAAUCUUAGUUUCGCUGACCGUUUUAGUUAUUACCAUGUCUCCGUCAGUGCCCACCCUAAAGAUAUUCCACACAUCUUCCACGCUGUUAAACUGCAAGGCCCUGAGGGUAUCUCAUGCACGUGACUUCAACUGUGACAGGAAGCAGAGACAGGGACUCCACUGUUUAUGGCGUGGGGAGGGGCCUUUUUUUAUUUUCCAAAACAUCAUCUGGUACACGGAGUCCUGCCGGCUCUCAUAUUUACACAGCUCCGACUUUCCUCGUGAAGUCAACAGCGAGAUGUCUGAUUAGCAAGCCGGAGGUGCAGGGCUUCAUCGAGAGGUGUAUGACGAGCGUGGGCACCAAGUCGCAUCAUGCCCGCAGCCUGGCCGAGGUGCUGGUGGAGGGAGACCACCGGGGCCACUACAGCCACGGACUCAACAGGAUGGACAUGUAUGUGAAGGACAUCCAGACCGGAAUCUGUGCCAAGGACGGUGAGCCGGUGGUGGAGAAGGAGAGUGCAGGCACGGCUUUGGUUGAUGGGAAGAACCUCCUGGGUCCCGUGGUGGGAAACUUCUGCAUGCAACUGGCCAUUAAGAAGGCAAAAGAAGCUGGCAUCGGCUGGGUGGUGGCACACGGUUCCAACCAUUACGGCAUCGCCGGAUACUACGCGAUGCAAGCUCUGAAGGAAAACAUGAUUGGCAUGUCCUUUACCAACACGUCCCCACUGGUGGUUCCCACACGUGGUAAAGAGUGCACUUUGGGCACCAACCCCAUCAGCGUGGCCGCUCCUGCUAAAGACGGAGACAGCUUUGUUCUGGAUAUGGCCACAUCAGCAGUUGCACUUGGAAAGGUGGAGCUCCACGAGCGGCGUGGAGACACCAUCCCUGAGGGCUGGGGCUGUGACGCUGAGGGCACGCUGACCACCGACCCCAAGAGAGUUCUGAGCGGAGGAGGACUGGUGCCCAUCGGCGGAAGUGAAGCCACAGGAGGGUACAAAGGCUACGGUCUGGGCAUGAUGGUGGAAGUGUUCUGUGGUAUCUUGGCCGGUGCCCAGUACAGCAAACACAUCCGCACGUGGAAAGUAACAGACCGCGUUGCAAACCUGGGUCAGUGUUUCGUGGCGAUUAACCCGGAGAACUUUGCUCCCGGAUUCGGCGACAGGAUGUCCGACCUUCUGUCCAUCCAGAGAGGGAUGGAGCCGGCUGACCCCCAGCACCCAGUGUUGGCUGCUGGAGAUCCAGAGAGGAUGAACAUGAAGACGUGUGAGGGACUGGGCGGGAUCCCCUACCACAUCAAUGUCGUCAACCACAUGAACGAAUGCGCCAAGAGAGUCGGCGUGAGCCCUCUGCUGCCGUGUGACAACGUCAUCUCCAAUUAGUCCGUCCGGUCAAGAUUGUCCACCGUUGGAUAGCGGCAACUUUUCUGUUCCCAGUAUCUUGAAGCUAUUUGGGAAUGCAUGAUAUUAAACCGUGACAUUUGUAACACGACGUGGAAAAUAGCAACGCAUUUUCUUUUCUUUCCCGCACUCUGAAACAAGUUUUUUUUUUACUGUCUGAAGAAACUGCAUUCAAAUGUUCAUUUCCGACAGCCAUAAUGAGUGCAUUCCUUGUCUGAAGCCAUUGUAAAUCGUAGCUUUACGGUUGAUGACUGGAUGUGAAGGAGUUAACACAGUUUGAGAGGUGCUGUUAAAAGAUAAGUUGUUGUGGUUUCUUGUCAUUAGCUGGUGUGUGUAUCUCUGCUGUAAUUUAGUUACUUUAUGACGCACACACUGUUUUCUUUUAGUACUGCACUUUUUUUAAAUGACUAUGUGUAGGUUUUGCUACUUUUAGGAAGUUAAAAUCUCCUUUUUUACUCUCACGUCAUCAUUAAAACGACAUUCGUAUGUGCCUUAUUCAAUAAAAGCCUUAUAAACCAAAA